GGAGGGGGGAGUGGAGGCGGGAGCGAAGUCUCGCGAGAAGAGGCAGCUGCCGUAGCGGAGCCCUCUGGCUCUGGGCGAGAGUGUGAGUGGCUGGGAGCCGCCGGCGGAGCCGCGGACGGUUUGCUGAGCCCGUUAGUGCCGCCGCCAUGUCCCGCUACCUGCGCCCCCCCAACACGUCUCUGUUCGUCAGGAACGUGGCGGACGACACCAGGUCUGAAGAUUUACGUCGGGAAUUUGGUCGUUAUGGUCCAAUAGUAGAUGUUUAUGUUCCGCUUGAUUUCUACACUCGACGGCCAAGAGGAUUUGCAUAUGUUCAAUUUGAGGAUGUUCGUGAUGCUGAAGAUGCUUUACAUAAUUUGGACAGAAAAUGGAUUUGUGGGCGUCAGAUUGAAAUCCAGUUCGCACAGGGGGAUCGGAAGACACCAAAUCAAAUGAAAGCCAAGGAAGGGAGAAAUGUAUACAGCUCUUCACGAUAUGAUGAUUAUGAUCGAUAUAGACGUUCUCGGAGCCGAAGUUAUGAAAGGAGGAGAUCAAGGAGUCGCUCUUUUGAUUACAACUAUAGAAGAUCUUACAGUCCUAGAAAUAGACCGACUGGAAGACCACGGCGUAGCCGAAGCCAUUCCGACAAUGAUAGAUUCAAACACCGAAAUCGAUCUUUUUCAAGAUCUAAAUCCAAUUCAAGAUCACGGUCCAAGUCCCAGCCCAAGAAAGAAAUGAAGGCUAAAUCACGUUCUAGGUCUGCAUCUCACACCAAAACUAGAGGCACCUCUAAAACAGAUUCCAAAACACAUUAUAAGUCUGGCUCAAGAUAUGAAAAGGAAUCAAGGAAAAAAGAACCACCUAGAUCCAAAUCUCAGUCAAGAUCACAGUCUAGGUCUAGGUCAAAAUCUAGAUCAAGGUCUUGGACUAGUCCCAAGUCCAGUGGCCACUGAUAGUAUAAAUCAUGAUACUUUCUAGGCAUGUAUCAUUCAUUUACUCAUAGUUUGGUAUACUUAAAUUAUCAGGAAUACAAUGUUGCAAUGAUGCGUUUUAAAAAAAAUAAAAUAAAAAACACCUGUUAGUUUUCCCUGUACCAGGCAAUGGUUAUAAUUAAAAUGAUAUGCUGUUGAGAAGCCACUCUUAAGAGUCCAGUUUGUUUAAUGUUAUGGGCAGCUACCAAUUUGUGGUGUCUCUGUAUAUUUUUGUAAAGAUCCUCAUUUUUUUAUGCUUGAAGUAUUUGGUGAAAAGAUGUUGGUUGACCAUAAUUUGCAACAUUGUCUUAUUAAAAAUAAAUUUUCAUAUCCAUAUUUGGUAGAAGUGUUAACCUAGAAAUGUAGCUUGCUAAGAAGAUAGAAUGAUACAAAACUGAAGUUGUAGCCACAUUACAACACUGACUGCUCAGACACAUUUAGGUUCAGGGUGGACCUUUAUGUCUUGUCAAGAUGUCUAAGCCCAUGGUGAUUAUUUAUGAUGCAAUGUGGAAUAGGUUUGGUUUUGUUUGUUUGUUUUGGUUUGAUUUUUGUUAACUCCACUGUCUGGGGAAUGAUGCCAACUGGGUUAAAUAGUAUUUUCAGGGAGAUUGAACUUUUCAGUGAAACAUGAAGUCUUCCCUGCUUUCCCCUUCCUCCCCGCCCCGCUGGUUUCAAAGAAUUGAAACGUAAAAUUAUACAUAAGAAUUCCCCGUUAAGUUUUGAACAUGUCAGUGAUGGCGGGAAUCAUUUUAAGGGGAAAAGACUUUUUUUAGCAUAGUUUCUCUAAAAUUCAACUAUUAUUAUUUAGGGGUUUUAUUUUUUUUUUCUGUUAGGAGCAAGUAAACUGAAAGUACAAUUUGUUUAUAUACAUAGUGUAAAACAAAGUGAAUUUUGAUGCUUACAGCACUUGGUGUGUGUGUAUGUUUGUAUCAGAGUCUGCCUGUCCUCUUCAUGAGGAAGGCUUGCUCUUUACACCUCAGUUUAUUAAUGUAGGCAAGUUGAAAAGAUGACACUCCUAGGUGAUUCUGUGGUGCCGUGAAUUUUUGGAAAAUGUUGAGUUUUAAGCAAAGGCCACAUCACUUAGUUUUUGAUAAUGUAGGACAUGCCUAAAAUAAGGAAGCGAUACCCUUAAAUAUUUAUAAUUUCUAGUAUUUCUCUUCAAGAUCAUUAGGAGACAGUAAAGUGACUUGAAAUGUCCAGUGUCAUUUCAGAAUUAAAAGUAAGCAUCUUUAAAAUCUCAGACUGCUUGCUUGUGGAGGUGAGUGGAGAUAGCGUGGGGGCGAUCCUUCUAGAGGAUUACCUGAUUUUUUUCUUUCAAUUUUGAUUUUAGAAAUUUAGGCCUUGCUUGUAGAGAAUAAAAGAUGGUUUAUUAGAACUGUUUGUGGAAUGUGUUUGGAGGAUUAAUUCUAGAAUCUUUGUAUAUUUAAUAGUAUUUUUAACUUUCAUUUCUUUACUGUUUGCAGUUAAUGUUCUUGUUCUGCUAUGCAAUCAUUUAUAUGCACGUUUCUUUAAUUUUUUAGAUUUUCCUGGAUGUAUAGUUUAAACAACAAAAAGUCUAUUUAAAACUGUAGCAGUAGUUUGCAGUUCUAGCAAAGAGGAAAGUUGUGGGGUUAAACUUUGUAUUUUCUUUCUUAUAGAAGCUUCUAAAAAGGUAUUUUUAUAUGUUCUUUUUAACAAAUAUUGUGUACAACCUUUAAAACAUCAAUGUUUGGAUCAAAACAAGACCCAGCUUAUUUUCUGCUUGCUGUAAAUUAAGCAAACAUGCUAUAAUAAAAACAAAAUGAAGGAAAUAAUGA